AUGGUGGUGGUGAACCCUGCUGCCAACAAGUCCGACCAGCGGUCUUACGCCUCGCAGAAUUUUGCAUGGCGCCUUUUGGGGAAGACUCCGGAGGAGACAACCCCGCUUGAAGCCGCUCCGUCCGUGCUCUUGUCCAGGCUGCUGGAGCAUGCUUGCCCGGGGUACAGCAGCUUGCUCGGCAAGCGUUACGGGGCAAGGCAGCUCCUGAUAGAGCAGGACUGGGUGGCUGACUUGGCGUUUGUAUCCGGCAUGUACAGAUAUAGCCGGAUCGCCGGUGAGGCCUAUCCCUGCGGGUUGCGGGAAUGGCCCUGCAUGAGCAGCUGGUGGACCACACACGGCAAGUUGGAGGAAAUUGGUCGCAAUCACGAGGCUGCCAUUGCCUCCUCCUGCCUUUCUUCCAUAUGUGAAACGACUGGAGGUGAACUGCCGAUGUAUCUCUCCGGAGAUCAUUUCCUCGGUUCUGGAGUCACGCCGCUGCGAGACAGUCAGGCCAAGGAGUUACUCGAGAUUCUGAUUCGAACUCCGUCGAUAGCAGUGAACCCGGCUUACGUCACAAAGCUCAGGGGCUCUACCCUCUUUACUGAAGCAGGACGCAGUGAUGUGACCAUUCCGCUCAUCCUGUCCUCUCUCACGGUCUCGCCGAAGGCGAACGCCAGAGGUCAGCUUGCAAUUGUUGUCCGUGAGCAAGCCAGCUGUCCCAACUUAUCCGCCUCCAUCGACAGGUGUUGGCUUUUCCAGAUAGAUGCCAGACGGUCCGUCGUGGCACACACUAUCGACAAGUUGUGCGCAGCAGGCGCAGUCCUGGACACCGUCCUGGACCCUGUCCAGCAUGUACAAGUGAGUGAUACUUCAAGGGCUCGGGUGUACAACACUCUCGUUGCGCCGCUCUUGCAGGAGCAGACUUACAUCGAAAAGGGGGGGCAUAGCGUUAUGAAGGAUGACCAGAGUGCAGGAACGCCCAUGUCGACACCCCAACUCCAACUGACUUCAUUGCCCAGUCUCUUCAACAGUAUUCAAGGUCAACCUGACUUGCGAGCUGUCAAAGUUUUCAAGGUGCUGCAGGCACCACCAGGACAGUCGGCUUCAACCGGUGAACCUCCCAAGGAAAUUGCUCGGGAGCUGAAGAUGCUUGCUCUCGCACAAAGUCAUAGAGCGAUACUUUCCCUGCAUGGGCUUGUAAGGGUGCCUGCUGGAUGGGCACUGCUUACGGAGUGGUGCCAUGCGGGCUCCUUGUUGCAAAGUUUGACCGCGGAAGGCAGGCAGUCCGAAGGCCAAGCCAUGCGGCUGCAGAAGCAGCUUCUGGCUGGAAUCCGGCACCUUCACCAGCGAGGAAUUGUUCACAGAGACGUGAAGCUCGACAGCAUCCUGCUGCACUCGAAGAGCAAGCUCGUGCUGUCUGGAUUCGCUCUUGCUGCUCCACUGUGCGAAGCAAGCGAAGCUACGGAGCCGGUCGGAACAGUUGGCUACAUGGCUCCAGAGGUGAUUCGCUACACGCCGGCCUUGGAGCCCGCAGAUGUCUUCGCUGCAGGUGUUGUGCUCUAUACCCUUCUGCUUGGCCAGCAACCUUUCGGUGCAGAAACGCCAGAAGAGCAGACCAAGUACAGGACAGCUUGCACGGAGGCAGACUACAGUGGACUGAUAUUUCAGAAUGUCAGUGGCCUUUGCCACUCUCUGCUGAAAUCCCUUCUGGAGAAAGAUCCGGUCGAACGGCCUACAUCGCUGGCGGCCGUUGAGGACGACUGGUUUCAGAUGGAUCCCAAGAAGCCCAUGAGAACAGAUGCCGAGGCGAAGUCACCCAUGUCACCUGUCGUGGGUGAGCGACGAAGGAGAUCUGGCUUGGAUAUGUUUCGGAGAAG